CUCGCAGAGCUUUUACACACGCGUGGCCCACUUGACCAUAGUCUAGUACACUGUUAUGCGUGGUACUUGUUUACUCCGAUUUCCUUUGUGCAGUAACAUGCAGUAACUCAGGCACUUUUAAAUGCACGGAUAUGAUGAACUUAAUCGAUAAAAAUACGACCGUUCGGGUGAGCUCUGUACUGAACAGGGACAUUACAAACUUCGGCAAGAAGCACCUCACUGAUGGAAACCGAGACACCUGUUGGAACUCGGACCAGGGAACACCUCAGUGGAUCUGCUUAGAUUUUGCUGCACCUGUUGCGCCUUCCGAAAUUCACCUGCAGUUUCAAGGUGGAUUUGCUGGCAAAGAAGUGCAGAUAGAAGUGGUUGCUGCUAGUUCCAGCGCGACAACGUGUUUUGGCAUAUUCCCAGAAGAUAGCAAUGCGUUGCAGAUAUCCUUUUCUUAUUAGCAAAAGUUUCUUUUGCAGCUGGACAAUCCAGUGGAAAGGAUGCGGAUAGUGUUUCGCUCGAGCACAGACAUGUUUGGCCGGAUCGUGCUGUAUCAUCUGGCGAUUUCUGGGAAAAAAUCGAAUGCGUAAUUCUGUUACCAGACUUAGUGAGUCACAACUCACUAGAUUAGUGCCUGUUCUGCAUAAUAAAAACUAUUUUAAGUCGA